AUGUCCGGAAUGAACGCUGUUGCCACCGUUGUUGCUUCUCUAAUCAUCAUCAUUUUUGUUAUUGUCUUCAUGAUCUUCGUUCCCAGCUACAUGGGCAUCAGAUUUGAACGUCGACGCAUCGCAGCUCAAAACAAUCGUCAAUCAACGAACUGGCCAUUUCCUCCACAGCAGGAACAGCAACAACAGCAUCAACGACCAAGACAUGAAUACGAUAUCGAGAUGAACGAUUGGCCUUUGAGAUGUCCAGAACCGGCUUUGACAAGAAGAUCUUCUGAUUGGCCUUUGGGAAGAAUGGAACCAGUAGUCAUGUCGGAGAGAAAAAGAGAAAGUAUUAAGAAUGUUGUUUUGGAGUCUGGUGGUAAUCUUGAGGGAUUUCCUUACCAUGCGCGACAAAAGCUGACAUUUAACGCUCAGAGGGAGAGGACUUGA